GGAGGACACCAUAAACCUCACGAGCCACCUCCUCGCCUAAAACCCCUCUACACCUCUCUUUUCAACUUUUCAUUACCAAAAAAAAAACCCCCCAUAAAGCUUCAUUCUUUCUUUUCUUUUCCCCUUUACCCUCUGUCCCCAUCUCUGCAAUUUGCGUGUCAAGUGUUUUGAAAUCUAUCUAAUUUAAUUUUCAUGGCAAUAAGGACAGCUGGGAAGUUGCUUAAGGAUCUCUUGCGCCAAAGGGUUAUUUCAACUUCCAUUGGAUUUGGACCCUCUAGACACUGCUCUUCCGCUGCUACUUCUGCUCCUAAAAUUCCCCAUUCUUCAAAGAAAGGAAGAAGGUUAUUGACGGGAGCUACCAUAGGGUUAAUUAUAACAGGAGGAGCAUAUGUUAGUACUGUUGAUGAAGCAACUUUAUGUGGGUGGCUAUUCUCAGCGACUAAGCUUGUAAACCCCUUCUUUGCACUUUUGGAUGCUGAGAAAGCUCAUACACUAGCUGUUGCUGCUGCUGCUCGUGGUUGGGUUCCCAGGGAGAAGAGACCUGAUCCACCGAUUCUGGGAUUAGAUGUUUGGGGAAGGAAGUUUUCAAAUCCUGUAGGUCUUUCUGCUGGCUUUGAUAAAAAUGCCGAAGCUGUUGAAGGUUUACUUGGUAUGGGUUUUGGCUUUGUGGAAGUCGGAUCAGUAACCCCUGUUCCACAAGAGGGUAAUCCAAAGCCACGCAUCUUUAGACUGCGACAAGAAGGUGCUAUCAUCAACCGCUGUGGGUUCAAUAGUGAAGGAAUUGUUGCUGUUGCAAAGAGAUUAGGUGCCCAGCAUGGUAAGAGGAAGUUAGAGACUUCGAGUACUUCAUCACCCUCGAAUGAAGAAGUUAAACAUGGGGGCAAAGCUGGUCCUGGAAUUCUAGGAGUCAAUCUUGGGAAGAAUAAGUUAACUGAAGAUGCUGCUGCUGACUAUGUACAAGGAGUUCACACGUUAUCCCAGUAUGCCGAUUACUUGGUUAUUAAUGUUUCAUCACCGAACACUCCCGGAUUGCGUAUGCUUCAAGGAAGGAAACAGUUGAAGGAUCUUGUUAAGAGGGUUCAAGCUGCUCGUGAUGAAAUGCAAUGGGGUGAGGAAGGUCCUCCUCCAUUGCUAGUUAAAAUUGCUCCGGACUUGUCUAAAGAAGACCUUGAGGAUAUAGCAGCGGUUGCUGUUGCCCUCCGAUUGGAUGGAUUGAUUAUAACAAACACAACCAUUUCGAGAUCAGAACCUGUAGAUAAAAAUCCAGUCUCUGCAGAAGUUGGUGGCUUAAGUGGGAAGCCUCUCUUUGAUUUGUCAAACAACAUCUUAAAGGAGAUGUACAUGCUAACAAGGGGAAAUAUCCCCUUAAUAGGCUGUGGUGGUAUUAGCAGUGGUGAGGAUGCAUACAAAAAAAUAAGAUCCGGAGCAACGCUAGUUCAGCUGUAUACAGCAUUUGCAUAUGGAGGCCCUGCCUUAAUUCCCCGAAUAAAGGCUGAACUUACUGAGUGCUUGGAUAGGGAUGGUUUCAAAUCUAUCCAUGAAGCUGUUGGUGCUGAUUGCAGACGGUAAUAACUAAUACUUGCCUCCCGGAUUUAAUAUUUUAUCCGAUUUGGUCACUUUUGUUUCAUUUUCAUAAAAAUCCAUCCUUCAACCUUUCAUGAGCUUGAGAGGGAUUUACAAUGUACACUAUGAGAAAACAGUUGUGAUACAAUGUAUCAUGCAGAAUUGAU